AUGUAUCGGUUAUUUUUGGAUGUUAUACCUUUUCCUAUAUUUGUUACAUGGUGGCAAUUAGCACAAGGUUUAUUAGUUGCCUAUGUGUGUGGUGAAAUGGGUAAAGAAUUUCCAAAAUUUGCAUAUUUUCCAAAAGUUGAGAUAAAUGAAAAUAUGCUAAAAGUUUUAUUUGUGCCAUCAAUUUUUUAUUGUUUAAUGCUUGUAUUGUCAAAUUAUUUGUUAUUUAAAACCCCUUGCAUAUCAUCAUAUCCAGUACUUGUAAGUUUUACUGUUGUCUUUCAUCACAUAAUUCGUUUUGUUGGAUGCGGAGAAGAAUAUAUGCCCCUAAGAUGGAAAUCCAUAGCAUUUUUAUUGUCAGCAUUUGUAUUUGGAUGUUUUGAUUCUCAAACAUCAGGAAAAGGCGUAAUUAUAUGGGCCUUAUUAUAUGCAUUAUUUUCAGCAAUAUUUAGAGCCGGUUUUAUGCAAAAGAUUAUGCAUUUAGUUGAAGGAAAAGGAAAUACAUUACAUAAUAAUCAGCAUAUGUUAGGAGUUUUAAUAUUACCCGUAUUAAUUUUAUUAUCUGGUGAAUGGAAAGUAUUAGGACAUAUGCCAUACAAUAUAACUUCUUUAUAUACAUGGCAAGUAUGGGGAUGUUUAGUAACAGUUGGAGCAUUACCUUUUGUUAAAAAUGUUGUAUCAAAUAGAUUAGUUAGAAGAACAGGACAAGGCCCAUGGAGAUUUUUAGAAAUUAUUUCGAUAGCAUUAGUAUUUAUGAUUGGUUUAGGAUAUAAUAAACCAUCUUUUAUGGGAUAUUUGGCUAUUAUUUGUGUAAUUAUUGGAAGAUCUUUAGGUGCUUUUGAUGUAUUAUUAAAUGUUUCUGAUUAUAUGAUUUCUGAAGAUGAAAGAAAAAGAAAAAUGGAAAAAUCGAAUUAUGCAAAAAGUAGACAAGGUACCCAAGCCUCUAAACCAUUUUUAUCAUCAGGAGAAAAUGAAGAUGAUGAUGAAAGUUCAUUUAGCUCAAAUGAUAGUAAAAGCUAUCAAGGUUCUCAAGAUUAUGAUGAUAAAGAAAGUAUAAAUAGUAGUUCUAAUCAAUAUAGUACACAUAAAGGAACAAGUAGAAUGGUUAGCUUUUCAAAUCAUACCAGUCAUGAAGAUAUUUCUAUUGAUGAAAGUCGAAUAGGAAGUGAACGUGAUAUAAAUGCAAGAAGUUCAAGUUUCAAAUCUAAACCUCAAUAUUCACGUAAAUAUUCUUCAAAGCAGGAGGUUAUCGAUUCUCAAGCUUAA